CGCCGACUUCAUAAGACCUGGAAUACCGUUGCCGACUUUUUCUCAAUCAUAUUACUCCUCUUAACUAGCAAUGGCAUCGAACGCACAUUGUGUUCACUCCACUCGAUCGUCCCAAUCCAAUGUCUUCGGCUUUCGCGCUCCGAACCCGCCACCACUUCCCCUUCUCCUUCCCACCUAUCCCCUCCCCUCGUCGCCUCCUCCCCACGAAACCCUACCUCUUCUACGCCCUCUCCUCCAACCUUACCGUAACCCUAGCGGCAGAUCCCGCUGCGUCCUUCCACUACGGCCCCUCGCUCCGCCACGGUCGUAGGCCGCCGCCGCCGCCGCCGCCCGCCGACGAGGGCGGCGCCGCCAUCGACAGGUCGAGCUUCAUCCGCUCCUUCGACGUCGCCGCGCUUCGCGUCCCCGCCGCCGAGUGCUCCGCCCUCGAGGCCCGCCUCCGCGGCCACCUCCUCAACUGGCCCCGCGUCCGCAACGUCGCCCGGGUCGCCGGCGACGACGUCGAGCCCGAGCUCAGGAGGAUGCUGAGGGGCCCCGCCGAGGGGGACGGCGGGGCGCGGCUCGACUCCCUGGCUCGGCGGGCGCAGAACACAUCCCACAUCGGCGGCGGCGGCGGGGAGGAGGAGGAGGAGCCGUUGGCGCUGAGCCCGGCGCUGUAUAGGGAGAAGCUCGCUAAGGAGUUCAAUUGCCGAGGGUACCUGAAGUUCCGGAACCUCGCGAAGAUCUCGCGCCCGAAGAAGAGGAAGGAGAAGGGGAGGAAGAAGGAGGAGAGCAGAGAAGGGCUUAAAGAGAGAGCUGGAAAGAACGAGUUCUCUGCGAUCGAGGUUGUUAGCAAUGGCGACGACGACGGAGACGAGGAGGAGGAGGAUAUGAGGGGUUUGUUGGGAGAUGAGUUCGGAGGAAGGAGAUGGAGAGGGCCAACCAGGUUACUGCUGCUGGACGAGCGGUAUGCGAACAAAGCGGCGGAAGAGCUUCCGGAGGCCGUCAAGGCUGUUUUAUGCGGUGAUAGUGAGCAAAUCAGGCCUUCAGUGUAUGAGCUUGUAAGAUGCCGGCUGACCUUAUUUUACGACUACUGGCAGAUGAGUGAGCUCUUGGAGGCUUUGCUUCCUGAAGGGAUGAUUGUUCCAACAGGUUUUGAAACAGUUGGACACAUUGUACACUUGAACCUGAGAGAUGAGCAUUUGCCUUACAAGAAGCUUAUUGCUCAGGUGGUGUUGGAUAAAAACAAGCCAAAGAUACAAACAGUUGUUAACAAGAUUGAUGCUAUUCAAAAUGAUUACAGAACAAUGCAGCUUGAAGUACUGGCUGGUAACCAUUCUCUUGUUACUACAGUCAUUGAGAAUGGAAUUCGUUUUCAAGUUGAUCUUGCGACAGUAUAUUGGAAUUCUAGGUUGGCAACUGAAAGGCAUAGGCUUGUUAACAACUUCACGAGUUCCGAUGUUGUUUGUGAUGUUUUCUCUGGUGUUGGUCCGAUUGCUAUUUCUGCUGCCAGAAAAGUCAAGCAUGUAUAUGCAAAUGACCUGAAUCCAAAUGCUGUGGAAUAUUUGGAGAGAAACAUUGUUCUUAACAAGCUUGAGAGGAAAAUUGAGGUUUUUAACAUGGAUGGCAGAAGGUUCAUUGGUGCUAUAUUUGCCAGCCAACGACCUUAUGCUGUCACACAAGUGGUCAUGAAUUUGCCAAAUGCUGCUGCAGAAUUUCUAGAUGUGUUCAGAGGUAUCUCCAGGAAUAGAAUGAGGGAUGAUAACUGCACUCUGCCCAAGAUUCACGUCUAUGGCUUCUCCAAGGCCCAGAAUCCUGAAUACGACUUUUGUGAGCGUAUAAACAUGGCAUUGUGCGAUAUACUGAAGGAUGUUGAACUGCAUAGAGUUCGGCUUGUCGCUCCUGGAAAAUGGAUGCUGUGUGCUUCAUUUACCUUACCACGAGCUGUUGCAUUUGCGAAACAACCAAACAAUGACUUAGUGUGAUCUGCUAAAUUUUCUUCAUUUACCCUACCACAAGCAUUUCUUUUUCUGUUGCUCCUAUCUGAGUAAGCAUAUCUGUAUAUAUUUCAGAUCAAUUAAUUGAGGUCCAACUUCAUAUGAACUUCUAAUUGAGAAAAAUGUUGUAACUUAACAUGAGGGAGGAACGGCUCAACGGUAUUGAAUCUUGAGCACAAAACCUAGUUUUUCAA